GCGCGCACCAAGGCCGGCGCCGCAGCAGGGGGCGGGGGCUCCGCUGGCACCAAAUGGAGCCCAAGGCGGCGGCCGGAGACCGGGAGGCGCGGGGGCGCGUCUGUCACUGCCCCGGGGACGGUCCCCGGAGGCCUCCGCCACAGCGCGUUCCGGAGAGCCCCGAGCUGUGGCGACCUUGGAUCCAGGCACCUGAAGAUGAUGAACUGACCAGAACGGAAAGCCGGCUUGCAGCUAGGGCUGACCAACAUGCUUUUGGAUCAAAGGGAGCCUUUGGGUUUCAGCAUCCUGUAAGACUCUAUUUACCUAUGUCAAAGCGUCAAGAAUACCUGCAGAGUUCCGGGAUGAAAGUGCUGGCCAGUUUCCCCGUGCAAGCCACCAUUCACUUCUACAACGAUGAGGCCACUGAGUCCGCUUCGGAAGCUGAGGAGUCGGAGGAAGGACCCCCGCCCCUCCAUCUUCCGCCCCAGGAGGCGGGAGGUCUGCAGGAAAAAGGCCCAGGGGGAAAGGACAGGGACCAGGGCAUCAACUGAGGGCCGCGAUCCUCAGGAGGGGGUGACCCCUGGGAGGAGGGCCGCUCCCCACGGCGACUCCUCAAGGGGCGGCGAGUGCUCCUCAUCCAGAUGAAUCUGCCCGUGUCUCCUGGGCCCUGCUGGGGGACGU